AAAAAAAAAAAAAAAAAAAAAAAAAGUGUUCUUUAUACUUCUUUACUUUUUCUUUAUACAAUGAGUUUCCAAGUUAACUUUAAUACACACGGCCCCGAAUUAAAUGCUGCUUAUCAAGCAGUUAUCAGUGAAAAGGAUGAUACCAACUGGUUGAUUUAUGCCUUUGAUAAAGGCACUUACGACCUUCGUGUUCAAGAAACCGGUGAUGGUGGACUUGAAGAACUUAAUGACGAAUUCUCGGACGGUAAAAUUCAAUUUGCUUUUGCCAAGGUCAUUGACCCCAAUACCGAACUUCCAAAGUUCGUCUUCAUUGGCUGGUGUGGUAGCGGUGUUCCCGAAUUACGUAAAGCUUUCUUCAAUUCCCAACUAAGUGAUGUUUCCAAAUUCUUCAAGAGUUUCCAUGUUCAAAUCAAUGCUCGUGAUGAAGCCGAUGUGGAUCCCGCACUUAUCAUGAAGCGUGUAUCCGAGUCUUCAGGCGCUAAUUAUAGUGUCCAUAAAGAAAGUUCAAAAGCACAAUCCAGAGUUACACCUGUUAACUCUGUGUAUAAAAAGACUGAAAUUCCUGAUAUCGCUGCAAUGCAACGUGAAUCUAUGACCAAAGAAAAUGCUCCUACUCCCGUUGGUACCAAUUACAAACCCGUACAAACCGCUCCCAAGAAAAUGGAACAACGUUGGAACAUGGCUCAAAACCAAGAUACCGGUGCCAACGCUGUUCGUGCUGAACGGGAAAGACACGAAAAGGAAGUACGUGAUCGAGAAAUCGAAAAAUCCAGACAAGUCUCUCAUACCCCUCCUCCUGCUCCUGCUCGUCCCACUUUCCAACAAGAUGAUUUCGCUGCUAAGCAAGAGGCCGAAAAGCAAGCUGCCGCUGCUCGCGAACAGGAAGAAAAUGAACGUCGUUAUCAACAACAACAACAACAACAAGAAGAAGAAAAUCAUCGUCGUCAACAACAACAACAACAAGAGGAAGAAGAGUAUCAUCGUCAGCAACAGGACGAGGAAAGACGUAGACAAGAACAAGAGGGAGAAGAGAGACGUAGACAAGAGGAAUCUGAUAGAUUGCGUCAACAAGAAGACGCCAACCGAAAGCGUCAACAGGAGGAGGCUUAUAGAUUACGUCAACAAGAGGAAGCUGACAGAAAGCGCCAACAGGAGGAGGCUGAUAGAAAGCGUCAACAAGAAGAAGAGGAGGAGGAAGAGAGAGAGCGUAGAGAAGAGGAAGCUGAACGUCAUCGUCAACAUGAGAUUGCUACUGCAGAACACAAGCGUCGUCAACAAGAGGAAGAUCAAAAGCAAGCAGCACUUCAAUCCCAAUUAAAUGAUACUGCAGACCGUGCUGUUCAUGCAGCCGCAGGUGCCGCUGCGGGUGCUGCCAUUGCCAGCACAGCUAAACACCAUCAAGGUGUAUCUGCCACUGUUCUUUUUGCUUAUGAAGCCAGUGAAAACAAUGAGAUGACACUUCAUGAGGGUGAAAUUGUGCAUCAAAUUGAUCAAGUGGAUGAAGGAUGGUGGUUUGGUGUGAGUGAGGAUGGUAAGAAGCAAGGUCUUUUCCCUGCCAAUUACGUUCAAAUCUUGGAAGAGGAGGAGGAGGAAGAAGUGCCUGUUCCUCAAGCUCCUCCUGCUCCUGCUCCCCCUGCCCCUGCCGCUCCUCCUGCUCCUCAACAGCAAAAUGAUGGAAAUGUGGCUGUGGCUCUUUAUGAUUAUGCAGCAGAAGAAGAUAAUGAGAUCUCCUUCAAUGAGGGCGAUGUCAUUACUCAAAUUGAAUUUGUGAGUGACGAUUGGUGGCAAGGUCUUGCUGCCAACGGCAAAAAUGUUGGAUUAUUCCCUGCAAAUUAUGUCGAGUUGCAAAAGUAAAAAAAACAAAAAAUUAAAUAAAUAAAAAAAUGUACAAAUAAAGUAGCCUUUUCAAUCAAACAAUGCAUUGUCUUUCAAAUGUUGCUGUCUUUUGGACAUUGGCUUACGUACGUCAAUUCUCAUAAUCCUUUAUACACCGGCUAAAAGUUGUAGGUGAUUUAAGCUUGAUGUCGCAUAUUGAACAUUACAACUUGCUAUUGCUCUUUUCAACAACUAUUAUUCUCCAAAACUAUGGAAACCUUUACCUUGCUUCUUUUUAUUCCCAACUACAUC